AGCAAAAGGAGAACAGAAUUCUGCGUACAAUACCCCAAGUCAACGGCGCUGAAUAUUCCCAAAAGAUCAAACUACAAAAUUAAUUGCGAAGAAAACCAUCUCUAUGCUUGCAAUCCAUCCAUGAAGCUCUCGAUCCUUCUAUUAAUCGGAGUAUUCCUCCUGGAGCUUCUCUCCGCCGCCGACGGCCAGUGCUCCCGCCGCUGCACCGCCCUCGGUUCCUACUACGUGUGGCGGGGAUCGAAUCUCUCUUUCGUUUCGCAGAUGAUGCAGGUCGAAAUCGCCACAAUCCUCAGCUACAACCCUCAAAUCCCUAAUCAGGACAGCGUGCUCGCCGACACGAGGGUGAACGUGCCCUUCUCCUGCGGUUGCCUGCCGAGCCGGCAGUAUCUCGGCCACCUAUUCAACUUCUCGACCAGUUCCGGCGACACCUAUGACCUAAUCGCGCGGACCUACUAUUCCAAUUUGACCACUAUCGACAGCUUGCAGGCGUUCAACACUUAUCCGGCCUGGAACAUUCCCGACACCGGCGUCAACAUCAAUGUCCCCGUGAAUUGCACGUGCGGCGACCAGAAUGUGUCGCCGGAGUACGGAUUGUUCGUCACUUAUCCGUUGAGGUCCGGAGAGUCGUUGGAAUCGGUGACGGCGAGUAAUUUUUUGAGUUUGGAUUUGGUGAGGAGGUAUAAUUCGGGCAACAACGUUUCUGACAGUGGUGUGAUUUUUAUUCCGGGGAGAGACCAGAAUGGAAAUUAUCCGCCUUUGAUCCCCAGCAGCCGAUCUGGGCUAUCGACUGGAGCCAUAGCUGGAGUGUCUGUUGCAGCAGUCGUUGCAGUGGCUUUAUUUGCUGGCUGUUUAUAUGUGGUUUUGAGAAGAAGGAAGAACGCCAAAAAGGUUCAAUUUCUGUCGUCAUCAUCGUCCUAUGAAGAUCAUUCUCUACAAGCUGAUUCUGCUGGUACUCGGUCCUCUCCUCUUGUGGGAAUUACUGUCGAAAAAUCCGUUGAGUUUCCAUACGAUGAGCUUGCAAAAGCAACUGAUAAUUUCAGUAUUGCAAAUAAGAUUGGGGAAGGUGGAUUUGGUGCAGUCUACUAUGCUGAGCUGCGCGGCGAGAAAGCAGCAAUCAAGAAAAUGGAUAUGCAAGCUGAUAGAGAGUUCCUUGCCGAGCUUCGGGUUUUGACACGUGUUCACCAUCUCAAUCUGGUGCGCUUGAUAGGAUACUGCGUCGAGGGCUCUUUGUUCCUCGUAUAUGAAUACAUCGAGAAUGGAAACUUAAGUCAACAUCUCCGAAGUUCAGGCAGGGAACCGUUGCCAUGGUCGACUAGGGUGCAAAUUGCUCUUGAUUCGGCAAGAGGCCUUGAAUAUAUUCACGAACACACCGUCCCUGUGUACAUCCAUCGCGAUAUCAAACCGGCAAAUAUUCUGAUAGACACAAACUUCCAUGCAAAGGUUGCAGAUUUUGGACUAACGAAACUGACUGAAGUGGGAAGUAAUUCGCUCCCAACAGGUCGACUUGUUGGUACUUUCGGUUACAUGCCUCCCGAGUAUGCGCAAUAUGGCGACGUUUCUCCUAAAGUAGACGUGUACGCAUUCGGGGUUGUUCUUUAUGAGUUGAUUUCAGCCAAAGAAGCUAUAGUUAAGGAUGCCUCUUCUGCUACAGACUCAAGAGGCCUUGUCGCUUUGUUUGAAGAAGUUCUCUCUAAGCCUGAACCAAAUGAGGACCUCCGAAAACUGGUUGAUUCUAGACUCGGCGACAAUUACCCCCUCGACUCGGUCCAAAAGAUGGCGCAACUUGCGAGAGCGUGCACUCACGAAGCUCCGCAGCUAAGACCGAGCAUGCGAUCCAUCGUGGUGGCGCUGAUGACUCUGUCGUCUGCGACCGAAGACUGGGACGUCGGAAACUUCUAUGGAAAUCACAGCCUUGUAAAUCUGGUGUCCGGGAGGUAGCCCAGAAGCUCACGCGUGACUCCCACGUUAUUCAUGCUGCAUAUUUCUUCCAGCUUCUGCAAAACCGGCAAUGGCGAUGUGCAGAUGUGGGCUGGUGUUGUUGUGUAUAUAUUUUGUGCAAAUGCUUUUGUGUGUUUGUAGUUUUGAUCGAUAUUUUAGUUUUGUUGUAUUUGUAUUGUGUGUUUUGCAGAAAAAUACAGACGAAGCAGUAUAGUGUGUUUGUAUUAUUUUUAGUGUAGGAUUAAGACGACGAGCUGAAACUUUACCGAUUAUUUUCGUAAUAUUGUGAAAAUACGAAAAUA